AUGGACGACAACCAGCCGGAGCAUCAGCCGCCGCCCAUGGAGCAGCAGCAACAGCAGCAGCAGCCACCAGAACAACAGGGCACAGCAAUGAUGCCAGACGCAACCUCAGACGCAGACAAAGUGAGCUCUCCUCGUCCACCCAACAAGAGACCCGCUGACGCAAAUGUCUCCCAGAUUCGCGCAAAGCGACUGGCCAAACUAGGAGGCCCAUCUACAGCACCAGCGCCAGCAUCAACACCAACAACACCAGCAUCACAACCCCAACCCCAACCCCAAGCCUCACAGACACCGAACCCCUUCGCUCAGCUGGGCAUCAAGACCGACGACGCCCCCAAACCUCGCAUCACCAUCAAGCAAAAGCCCGCCCAAUCGUCGAGUAGUGAUCCCACAACGCCCCAGGCCGCAGCAAAGCCCGCCCAGUUUAGCUUGGAAUCAUGGGAGGACUAUACCAUAGGAGCCAUCUUCAGGAUAACGCUGGAUCCUAGCCGAAGACAGGAUGCGCAUGGGCACCAGCUUCAUCAUGUUGCAGGCGCGAGGAGCGAUCUCGAAGACGAGGGCAAGUCGCUGCGCUUCACCACCGACAUGUUGGACUCGGCCAUAGUAGAGGCAGCCUCAAGCCAUUCGCAGGGCACCGCCUUGGACUACCUGCUGGGUUGCUGGAAGCGUGUGUCGAGGCAGCUCAAGAGCAUAGCCAAUAAGAGCGACCCCAAGUACGAGAUUCUCAAGGAAGCUCGCCGGCUGUGCUUCAGUUACUGCAUGUUUGCUGCGACCAUGCCAGACAUGUUCGGCGAAGAAGCCCCCGCACAGAAUGCCCUGGCAGAUCGCUUGCUCCUUGGACCCGACGACGAGCGAGGCAUCUGCUACGACUUCCUCACCGAGGCCAGCCUACGCAUCAGCGAAGAGGACAGUAUCAAGGAGGCUCUGGUGGAAGCCAUGGAGGACAUAAGUAGCCGGUUGGCCCAGGUCUCGAUGAAUGGGGACUACAAGCCGUACAUGCUGGUGCUGCGCGUCUUCAUUCGCUUUCCUCCGCUCGUCGCUGCCUUGGCACAGUCGCCCACCUUUCUCCGCACCGAGAUUGAGGCGCAAGAAAUCGAAACCCAUACCUUACUCGGCCCCUUCUUUCGCCUGUCGCCAAUGCAGGCCGAUGUCGCACUCAAUUACUUUUCCGGCUCCUCGGGCACGGACAAGGGUCUGAUUGCAAACGCACAGCGAGCGGUUCGCAUGACCUUGCAGACCCACCAGGAGGAGUUGCUUGACAUUGUCAACGCUUUCAUCAAGAACAAAGAGUCCCGUGAGAAGAUGCUCAACUGGUUUGCCUUGACAGUCAACAGGAACCACAAGCGGAGGGCUAUGCAAGUGGACCGAACCUCCGUCUCGUCCGACGGUUUCAUGGUCAAUGUCACCGUCAUCCUGGACCGCUUGUGCGAGCCCUUUAUGGAUGCUACCUUCUCUAAGAUUGAUCGCAUCGACAUUGACUAUCUACGCCGGUCUCCACGCGUUGACGUUUCGGAUGAAACCAAGAUCAACGCUGAUCAGAAGACGUCGGACGAAUUCUACCAGACCACAGUGCCCGGCACCAACAACUUCAUCAGUGAAGUCUUCUUCCUGACGGUAGCUGCUCAUCACUAUGGUACUGAAGCUGCCAAUGCAACGUUGUCUACCUUGCAAAAGGACAUCAAGUGGCUAGAGAAGGAGCUCGCCAAGAUGGAGCCUGAGCGAGUCAAGUACAUGUCGAAUCCAGUGCGACUGCAGCUAUUCGACCAACACAUCAUCAAGGUCAAGGCGGAGAUCCAGAGGGGCAGAUGUAGCAUGCUUUCUAUUCAAGGCGUGCUGCUCGAUGAAACUACCCAAGCGCGGUCCAUGCAGUUCAUGCGCUAUGUCAUCGUCUGGCUCUUGCGGCUAGUGACACCAGGUGCAUCGUUUCCUGAGCAUGAGCUGCAACUGCCACUUCCCGAAGAACAGCCUCCAGAGUUCCAAUGUCUGCCCGAGUAUUUCGUCGAAGACAUUGUCAGCAACUUCAAGUUCAUCACCCGAUGGAUGCCGCACAUCAUCACCACCACGCAGUGCGAGGAAAUCGUCAAGAUCUGCAUUGCCUUGCUGAGAAGCUCCGAGUAUAUCAAGAACCCAGGUAUCAAAGCCGGCUUCGUCACCAUCCUUUUCUAUGGUAUAUGGCCUAUCCCAGGACGGUCCAAGGGUGUCUUGGGAGACACGUUGUAUGGAAAUGAUUUUUCGAUGAAGCAUCUAUUGCACUCGCUUAUGAAAUUCUACAUUGAAUGCGAGAGCACUGGUACCCACACGCAGUUUUACGACAAGUUUAAUAUCCGGUACGAGAUCUUCCAGGUGAUCAAGUGUAUCUGGCCGAACACCAUCUACCGGGAGAAUCUCGCGACCGAAGCUCGUGUCAACCUCGACUUCUUCGUGCAGUUUGUCAAUCUGCUCCUCAACGAUGUCACGUUCGUCCUAGAUGAAUCUUUCACAGCGUUCAAGGAGAUCCACGAAGUCUCCAAGCUCCUCAAGAAUCCCCCACCAGACAUGGACGAUGCCGCUAGACAAGCACAGGAAGAGAAGCUUGCCGGUGCGCAAAGCAAAGCCAAGAGCUACAUGCAGCUUACCAACGAAACUGUGGCCAUGCUCAAGCUCUUCACCGAAGCCCUGGCCGAUUCCUUCACCAAGAAGGAGGUCGUCGUCCGCCUCGCACACAUGCUCGACUACAACCUUGAAGCCCUCGUCAGCCCAGACAAGCGCAAAGACCUGCAGGUUGACAAUCCCGAAGACUACGGCUGGAACCCACGUACGAUGCUGCAGGAAGUGUCGGACGUGUACCUCAAUCUGCGCGACAAGCAAUCCUUCAUCGACGCCGUCGCCACAGAUGGCCGUUCCUACCGCUCCUCGUACUGGGACGAAGCCUACCGGAUCCUACAAAAGCUCUCGCUCAAGACGCCCGAAGAGUUGGCGCAAUGGCAGGACAUGGGCCAGCGCAUCGCCGCGGCCAAGCAACAGGCCGACAUGGUCGAAGCCGACCUCGGCGAAUACCCAGACGAAUACACGGACCCGAUUCUCGCCACGCUCAUGGAGGACCCCGUCAUCCUGCCCAUUAGCAAGCAGGUGGUCGACCGCAGCACGAUUCAGAGCCAUUUGCUGAGUGACCCGCAUGAUCCGUUUAACCGCACGCCGCUGAAGAUUGAGGACGUCAUUCCGAAUACGGAACUCCAGGCUGAGAUUCAGAAUUGGAAGGCCAAUGUGCUGGCGGAGAAGAUGGCGGAGAGGAAUAGGGCGGCUGAGGCUGCGAGGGGUGGUGGUAAUGUGGACGCAGGUGUGGAUGCAGGUGCGGAUGCGGGGGCCGGUGCCGGGGCUGCUGCUUCUGCGCAGCCAGAGCACAUGGAUACCUCUUAG